AUGAUAUCUCUAUCUGGUAAAGUGAUUGCCAUUACCGGUGGCGCCUCUGGAAUUGGCCGCUGCACCGCGAUGCUUGCUGCGUCUCUAGGGGCCAAAGUAUCCAUUGGCGACCUACAGCAAGAGGGCCUGGACGCUGUGGCCAAGGAAAUAAAAAACGCCGGCCACGGUGAUAUCUUUUCAAUGGUCAUCGACGUCCGCAAGGCCAGCACGGUGGAUACCUGGAUCCAAGAGACAGUCAAAUGGGGAGGGAGACUCGACGGGGCAGCGAACCUGGCCGGAGUCAUUGGGAAGUCUAUAGGAUUGAACGGGGCAGGUCUGGUUAAAGACAUCGACAGCGAUGAAUGGGACUUUAUCAUGGACAUCAACCUCAAGGGCCUGAUGCACUGUCUGCGAGCUGAACUGCAGGUCAUGGCUGACAACGGCUCUAUCGUCAACGCAUCUAGCAUUGCUGGCGUCCAGGGAAUGGGACGGAACGCCGCAUAUGCUGCCAGUAAACACGGCGUCAUCGGUUUGUCACGAUCUGCAGCGAAGGAGGUUGGGGAACAGAGCAUUCGAGUCAACUGCAUUGCGCCGGGUGCCAUCCAAACACCAAUGCUGGCGCAGUCGAAUAAAAUCAGUGGCAAUGCCAGCGUCAAAUCGUCGAAUAUUGCGCUGCCUCGCAAUGGGAAACCAGAGGAGACCGCAAACCUGAUUGUCUUUCUCUUGAGCGAAGCUUCGUCGUUUAUCACCGGUGCAGUAUAUUCGAUCGAUGGAGGCUGGGCGUGUUAG